AGGAGAGCAAUGAACUUCAUUGAAAUUUUCUGACCUUUGAUGCUAAAAGUGAAUGUUUCAUGUAAAAGAUACACACGGUUGUUUAGAGACGAUUUAAGGUAUUCAUAGAGUUGAAUUAUUUCAACAUUGGACUUGAUUUCCUAAUUGAAAUCAAAAUUUUGUUCAAACACUGUGAAAUUUUGCUGCAAUGAUGAAUAGUCGAGUCAUUUGAAUCAAGAGGUCGAUAGAUGAACCAUAUGCUAGCGAAGUAAACUUCUUUAUUUAUAAAAGGAGWGAGUUGUUGAAGCUGAAUGAGGCGGGCGGAAAAUAUAUCGAAGAUAAAGAAAACUACUUUUACAAGAAAAAAAUUCAAGUCAUAAAACUGGAGUGAGUUUUUCGUUCAAGGACGACAAAUGUCUGAGCCAACAAACCGUACCACAGAUGUAAAACCAACAAGUUACAUUCAAAACGCCACAUCCGCGAUGCAUGAAUCAGAAGAAAUGCCUGUGAGCCCAUURGUUUUGGGUUUGAUUCUUGAACCAGGGAUCAUUACCGUGGUUUUUGGCAACCUUCUCGUGUUGUUGUCAUUAAGAUAUCACAAGAAAAUCAUCGUCACAGAUAUCCUCUUGUUUUCUUUGUCACUGGCGGAUUUUGUCGAUGGGAUAUUCCCUCUACAAAUCGUUGUUUUUAUGAACUACUUCGUACAAAGACCCUGGACGAGAUUUCUUUGUGAUUUGUACAUUGUUGUUGUCAAUACUCUUCGGUUCGCUUCUGCAGGUACCGUUUCUCUCAUAGCAGCAGAAAGAACCUAUCUACUKGUUUUCCCCCUUAAAUACCACACCAAAGUCACCAAAACAAAAGCUAGAAAAGUAGUGGCUGUAACAUGGAUUUUGUCGUUACUUUUUGGUAUUUUACCCAUAAUUGGAGUGGGCCACACAGGGUUCAGGAAUGGUCAAUGCUUGUACCAGCUCUCCGACCUUGGCAUGCACUAUGCUAUCAUCAUCUUAACCGUAGCUUUUGCACUGUUGUUCUUGGUAUUAACUUGUUUUGUUGCUAUCAAACUGUCCGGCGGGAAGUUCAUAAAGAGACAAAGCGUUAUGGUUGCCGCCAAACUUGCCACCGAUGCAUCGAAGCUUGCUUUCGCUAUGGGCAUGGGGAAUGCAAAAAAUACAAGAUACCAAAGAACAAACAACAAAACUAAAGGAAUUAAAGAAGUACGACGUUUGACAGCGAUGAUGACAGUUGUCAUUAUUCUUUAUUAUAUUAGUUGGAUUCCAAUUCUGAUCAACAACGUGGUAACGAUGAUAAGACAGAAAAACUCGCCCAAAGCAGUUCUUCUCUUCACAGGCAUGCUCUCUCUUCUCUACGCUYUGUCGAACCCCUUUCUGUACGGCAAGAUGAGCCCGCGAUACCUGCGGGGUUACAAACAAGUGGUCGGAGGUUUCCUUGGUUUGUGUGGCUGCCAGCCAACGUCCUGGACGACAACUUUUACGAGUCACUCUACGAUUGCCUAUUCUGUUCAUGUAAAUACAAGAAAAAUAAGUGAGUCAAACAAAAAUCAACGCAAGGACGGCCAUACAGCAGACAAGGUGCGCGCGCAUAACAAAGAUGACUGCAGCUGUACCGCUGAGCAACRCAGUGAGGAAGCAGAUGGCUCAUACGAUAAUGCUGCGUAUCGRAAAAGCUUCUCAAAGAGCAACAAACUAAAUCUUAGAAGCCAUAAAGACUUAAACAAGGAUUUCAAAUUUGAUAUGACUGAUGACGAAACUCUCGUCUAUGACACUCGCCUUUGACGUGGAUUUCGUUAGGGGURCGUGGGUAAACGAAGUCAAUUUAACGACUGAAUCACUAUAGUAAAGAAAUAGAAAACGCACGCGCGUGCUGUAUGCAGUUAAAAAGCACGGGCGGUUUGACAGAACACCAGUGAUCUGUCAGGAGAAGCACGACGCAAGUGCUGUGUUUCUCGACACCUCUCAAUUUAAGUGCUUUAUGACUCAACACAGGACAGCAAGCUUUUUUUACUUUUAUAAAGUACAAAUUACAACAACUGUUAUUUUAGAUAGGAAUGAUGGAACUGAAAGUGCGCGCGUGCUGUAUGCUCUAUAAAGCACGCGCUCCCAACCAAUCAGGAUGCGAGAUUUAAAACAGUUAUUUUUAUAGAGUCUUGUAGUCUUUUGUACCAUAGGUGUGAURUAUAGCCUUUUCAUUUCACGCCACUUUUCAUUUCUUGGUUAUUAUUAUUUAUUUUUGUUUAACGGUUUUAUAUGARAUCUAGAAGAGAAAUGAAUAUGGAUCAGUACAACUCAAACGAAGAAUAUUUUGCUCAAAAAAUUGACACGUGGUCUGAAAUGAAACAAAAAAGUAAAAGGUAAGAUAAAACGGUCUAUUUCCUUGAGGAAAACGUUGACAAAAAUACAAUAAUGUACACAAGUUUCAUUGUGUGUUGCUUUUAUUUUUUGCUUCCAGUGAAGUUCCAUCAAAUUUCAAAAUCGUAGAAAUUAUACAUUCUUUACUUUACUGCUUGUAAAUAUUUAGAACCUGAAAUAAGAGUGACUCUAGAGCCGCUAUUAGUCAUUCCGAUGUUGAGGGAAAUACUGAGUCGAGUUGGCAUUGCAGUGCAUUGUGGGGCUGUUUAAGGGGACGAAAUAGACGCCAUCUUGGAAAUAUAUCCCCUAAAACAGYCCCAAAACGCAUUGCAUCUMGGCUAAUAGUUUUCCCAGUGGAAUAUAGAACGUUCAUUUCACUUAUUUAACCGUUCUCUCAUUGUAAUCUUCAUCACUGACGGAUGGCUGUAGGACAGCCGAAACAUGUGUAGAUUAAAAAUUUGGUUUCUAUUCAUCAAAA